UACACAGUCUAUAAAAUAUGCAUUCCCGAAGAGGAGCACGUUUCAAAUGAACAACAUUUUGGACAGUGACCUUUUUCCUUCUUCCAUGUAAGCAUAGGAAUUUCACAGACGGAUUUAAUAGCGGUGGUCUUAUAACAAGUCGGCGUUUGAUGAUUAACCUGGAGUUGUGAUUUUAUUCAUGCGAUAUUUUCAGUUCCGGGGUUAGAACCCGGCCGGCGCGAUGGCUCUUUAAUGAUUUGCUAAAGUUUGAGGUUGUAGUGAAGUUGCAAUGGGAUGUGGAGCCUCGAAGUCCGACUCAAAAGUGGUUGAACCACAUGUUAAAAACGGCGGAGGGACGAUAAAGAAUGGAGGAGUCCCAACCAAAAGAGAAGAGACCACUAAUGGAAACGGUAUUACAAAAUCGGUACGACUUUCUGAAGCAGAGAAAGAAAACGAGUCGAACAAAUUCUUCGAUAAAGAGAAUAAGCCGGAAAACAAAAGAACAGAACCACUAAAAACUAGUCCUCGAUACGAUGAGAGAAACUCAAGUCAACACGACUCGACAGGAAAGGUUGAAGACCCCGUGUCAACUACAAGUACAACUGUGCCGUCAGCCGUGGGUCCGGGCGUGGCGUUUGUAGUGUCGUUAGAAGACGGCUCCCGUGAGAUCAGGAGACCCCAUAGAUUAAAGAAACUGGAGAGUGUUCACACUUUCACGGCAGACAUGUUGGCGCAGAAACAAGCGGCGGCGGAACUCAACCGGCAAAAGGAAAUAGAAAAGAAGAUAAAGAAAACGUCCAAGAGGAGACAAGACCUCCUAGAAGCUCGAGAAUAUGACAAAAGCCAACAGCAAAAGGCAGAGCUACAGGGGAAGAUCCAUGCGACUGAGAAGAACAGAGAAAAAGUAAUGGCAGAGGUUUUGGCCAAGCAGCGGCGGAGGGAAGAGAGGGCGAGACGAGUGCGAGAGAGGGCCAAGAGAAUCCAAGAUGGCGACGACAUGGGGAAUAUCGAGGUGGACCCUGACGAGACCUACAACGCGGACGAAGAAGAUGAAAGGUGGGACCUCGAGCCAUCUGCACAAACCAGCAAAGCGAGCUCAUUCCAGCAGUCGCCCGACCCUGAUAGUGAAGAAGAAGAUGAUCUUAACAACAACAAGGCGUUAGACGAAAACCCACAAGAAGUACACAGCUUCUUCGAAUAAAAAUUGCGAAUAAGAUGAAAGCAGAGGGUUGGAACACGCAUGCUCAUACAAGGGAUGAGAUGAGUAAAAGCAAGCAAGAAUUGUCAGGCGGAUUUUUAUCAUUCCACAGCGGAGACAAAGAACACUCGUGAAAAUCAAAGUAUACGGAAAAGGAGAAACAACCUCUUACAAUUCUCUUAAAUACUUUAUGUUUAUUAGCGGCGAUUAAUUGGAGAAAGGCGGCAUGUCGUUGCUUUCCUGUCCAACUCCUUUAGUCACCAAGUACAGUUUUCCUUAUCUAGAAAACAUUUGCAAACCUGGUGCAGAUCGUGAAAUUCCAAAGACAUGCAUUCACUUAAAAUAUAUACUUCACUAACUUCCCCAGAAUCUCAAGGUUUUACACAAUCUGUAAACAAUGGAAUCGAAUUUUCAUUACACCUAUAUCAAGUAGAAUGCACUCGGAGAUUGAAUGUAUCGUAGCCUGCAUUGCUUCAUGGGUAUAAAAUGAAUUAGCCAAUAAGCGUUUAUGGGAGCAAAUCCAUGUUUCGAAAGCUGGAGAUUGAAUGUAUCGUAGCCUGCAUUGCUUCAUGGGUAUAAAAUGAAUUAGCCAAUAAGCGUUUAUGGGAGCAAAUCCAUGUUUCGAAAGCUGUAGCAUUUUUUGUAUUACCCAUGAAAAACUACAGGUCUCGACACAUGGCUUCUCGAGUAUUAAAAACAGCUGUAGCAGGCCUGGAAACAUUGGAGGCACAAUACCGAAAAACGGGGAAAAUAUUGGGGACAGAGCCCAUCCUCUACUGGUCAUUACCUCGACCCAGUGCCAAGCCCCUGCCUAGCCCCUGCUAAGUGAAAUAGAUAUAUAUCAUGGUUGACAAGAUAUUCAAGAUCGACAUUUUUAUAGAAACUUUAAGCGCCGCGGGAUACAAAGAUGAUAGUGUAUUAUAAAAUAGUGUGAAAUAAAGUAAAAAUUAUUUAUUGUA